ACAUAAUUCAACAGCACUGCCCAGUGGUCACAGCCUGAAACAGUCGCUGUUGGUUGUAAUACUCAACAACUGUGGCCAAGUCGAUUACGACAAUAAGGCGCCAGAUCAGCCCAAAUAAGUCCCGGAACACAGUGAGGCCACAAUCAGGAGUACAGACGGGAAUGUUGGAGUCAAAGGAGUGAAUGCACCGCGGUGGCUGAUGCCGAGCUGAGGGACGAUAGGCGGCCAGGAGAACCUAAGGAUGGCGAGCAAGGAUCCACAAGCAAGACGGAUGACAAUGGAAGUAGGAUUCGAAGACUACAAUCCCUUUGCAGAGCCCACACCAACCGUGACCGCGAGCAAGCCCCCGACGCAGCCCGCCGUCAUGAAGCCCACGGAGGAGCCUCCCGUGUACUCGCUGGCUCGUGCGCAGGAGACGAGCGGGGCCGCCGGUGAUCUGCUGAGGAGGCAGGAAGAGCUGGAGAGGAAGGCGGCCGAGCUGGACCGGAGAGAGAGGGAGAUGCAGUCGGUCAGGGCUUCAGGAGGCAGGAGAAACAACUGGCCCCCCCUUCCGGGGAGGUUCCCGGUGCGCCCUUGUUUCUACCACGACAUUGCGGUGGACAUUCCUGUGGAGUACCAGAAGACGGUCAAAAACAUGUAUUACCUCUGGAUGUUCCACACGGGAACGCUGCUGGCCAACCUGGCGGGUUCUCUGGCGUGGUUCAGUGUGGAUCCGACGCGCCGAGUAGACUUGGGUCUUGCCGUCCUAUGGUUCCUGCUUUUAACACCGUGCUCCUUUGUUUGUUGGUACCGACCCAUCUACGGGGCCUUCAAGAACAACAGCUCGUUCAGCUUCUUCGUCUUCUUCUUCGUGUUCGUGUGGCAGCUGGGCGUGUACGCGAUGCAGAGUGCGGGCAUACCCGGAUGGGGGACCUGCGGUUGGCUCUCGGCUCUGAUGUGCCUCAAGACGAGCCCGGCGGCGAGCGCUCUUCUGAUGGCGGUGGCGGCGCUGUUCACCGCGUUGGUUGUCGCAUCGCUCGUCAUGUUCAUGCAGGUGCACGCCGAAUACCGCACCACGGGGGCGAGUUUCCAGAAGGCCCAGCAGGAACUGGCGGCCGACAUCAUGGCCAACAAGACAGUGCGGGCGAGCACCGAUGCCGAGACGACACGUGGAGAUUUCAGAGAGCGCAUCUGAGUGAGCCCCAUUGCAAGCACCAUUCUUUUGUCAAUCUUCCUACUUUAUGCCCUUUUAUUUUGAAAGUCAACGAAUCACCGAUUAUUUUUGCGAUGAGCCGACUUAUAGGCUCUUACUAUAUAAAUAAUGUGAAUUUACUGUUCUAUUACUCUGGGUAUUGGAAUCAAGAACUUUUUGCUGAGACAAGUUGGACUAUGUAAUUAUUUGACUGUAUUACGGUUUUCCAAAAGUACUUUUUAAAAUUAAAUAAUUUUCAAAUGUAAGAGAAUAGGGUAUUUUUUUCCCUUUUUUGUUUUUGUAUUGAAAAUUCAUUAAUCUCUAACCGUUGUUCUGGUCUGAAUUGGAGGAUUUUUGUGUUAUCUUU